AUGUGGGUCAGAGAUGCUUUGCCCAAGGCCUUCCCCAACACCCGAGUGCUGCUCUUCGGAUAUGACACAGCACUUCCAAACAGCAACUCCUUUCAGAACAUCCACGACAUCGCUUCUUCUUUCAUCGAGAAUUUGAAAGCAUCUGUCCUGAGACCGCCAGCGAUGCGGCCACUGUUUGUGCUGGCGCACAGUCUAGGUGGCAUUGUCUUCAUAGAUGCGCUUGUGACUCUAAGAAUUCAAGACGACGAGAUGCGCAGAAAAAUCAUCGGUGCUGUCCUGUUUGGCGUGCCAUCACGUGGAAUGGAAACCGAGGCCCUCGCAGCCAUUGUCAACGGACAGCCCAAUCAGGUCCUUGUGAACGAUUUGUCCGUCAAUUCAGAAUACCUGAGACGCCUACAAGACAGGUUCAGCAUGAUUUCAAACGAUAUAAAAGGAAUUUGGGCAUACGAGACGAGAACCGCCCCAACUGUUGCCGUGAGUUAA